AUGCGUCACCCAGAGCCAAUUUCCGUCUGCCAGGCAGCACCCCGGGCAUGGGGAUGUGGUCAGGGCAGGGCAGGGUGCUGCUGUUGUCACCAUGAAUCACCCGGCAGUGCCGGCAUUGGGAGGGUGGCUGCCAGCAGUGAGCCUGACGUGCUCCUCCACCCAGACAGCAGCAGCAUGUCAACAGAAAAACUGAAGCACCACAAGAUCAUCUUUGUGGUGGGUGGCCCCGGCUCAGGGAAGGGGACACAGUGUGAGAAGAUUGUGCACAAAUAUGGGUACACUCACCUCUCCACCGGGGACCUGCUCCGGGCAGAGGUCAGCUCAGGCUCAGAGCGGGGCAAGAAGCUGAAAGCCAUCAUGGAGAAGGGCGAGCUGGUGCCCCUGGACACGGUGCUGGACAUGCUGCGGGACGCCAUGUUGGCCAAGGCUGACAGCUCCAAGGGUUUCCUCAUUGAUGGAUACCCUCGGGAGGUGAAGCAGGGAGAGGAGUUUGAAAAGAAGAUUGGCCCCCCCACGCUGCUGCUCUACGUGGAUGCGGGGAAGGAGACGAUGGUGAAGCGGCUGCUGAAGAGGGGAGAGACCAGUGGGAGGGUGGACGACAACGAGGAGACCAUCAAGAAGCGCCUGGAGACCUACUACAAGGCUACAGAGCCAGUCAUCGCCUUCUACAAGGACCGGGGCAUCGUCCGCCAGCUGAAUGCCGAGGGCAGCGUGGAUGAGGUUUUCCAGCAGGUCUGCUCCUACCUCGACAAGCUGUGACGCCCCCCAACCCUGCGGCUCCCCCCGCACGCGCGGGGCAGAGACAGCGGAAGUGGCCUUAUCCUGUUUUCGUGGACAGAGCCGCGCGAAGGAAAUUUCAAGGACAUUGUGUUUGGCUCUUUCCCGUCUCUCCCCAGUAAAGUUCACUGUAAUGAGCCCA